GAGUUUGGAUCAUUUAAAGUGGCUCUGAUGCUGUUGCCCUAAGCAGAGUUGCUUAACGAGGUCAGUUAUGAUAAGACAGAGAGGGCAGAUGAGGAUGAGGAGGAUGAGGAGGAUGGGCGGGCUGAAGGGCUGGAGGCGUUGCUCAUGCCCUCCUCCUCCUCCUGUAGGGCCAGCAGACAGUGUGAACUUGAACACUGACGGGCACAGCAGUGAACGACAGUCUAGUCACACAUCACUGCCGUUUUAUGAGAUUUAUAGUGUCCGUUUAGUUCUGGUCUAGUUUUAGAGGAGCUUCUCUCACUAUGUCCAGACGCAAACUCGGCAGCAGACCGCAACACCUGAGCGCAAUGCAAGACGCUCCAGAUUCUGCAGUCAUCCCCGCCGACUCGUCGCCGUCACCUGAGCGGAUGCCUGACGAUGGAGGCCGUGAUCUGUUGACAUGCGGCCAGUGUGGUCAAGCCUUCCCAUUGGCUCACAUUCUCACCUUCAUCCAGCACAAACAGGGCGGGUGCGGCACAGCCAGAGCCAGACCUCAGGUCCACACUCCUCCGUCUCCGGCCAAUCGGACGCUGCAGUUCGGCCAAGGAACGCAGGUGGAGGCGGGUUACGUGGAGCUCCGGCGUAUGACGGACAGGAGAUGGAAGGAAGAGCCAGGUGUGAGGGUGGAGGCCAACCGAGCCGAAGAACCCUCCAUUUUCACCUGCCAGAUGUGUCAAUGUGUAUUCUCCAGUGCAUGGACUCUCCUCCAGCAUGCUCAGAAUGUACAUUCUCUCAACAUCUACCAGGUGGAGGACGACACCAUUGCUCAGACAUCAAAACCAGCAGCCACCAUGGAUCCACGUCACCUGGGUGCCGCACUGGCCUCAGCAUUCCAGCCGUCCUCUCGACGAUCCACCCCCCUUCACAAGCCUCCCCACGGCUCUGGUCAUGCACCACGUGACCUGCAAGGCCUGAACUUCUCCAUGUGUUUGCAGCGUCUGGCAGAGGUUAGCUGCAACAGCGGUGGAGUAGUACCUUCCCCGUCCCCAUCUCCUCCAGCCGCUUCACCUUUUCCCCACUCCACUCCGCCACUUCACGCAGCCUUCUCCUGCGAGCUCUGCGGCCAGGGUUUUCAAUCUCUGCGCAGCCUGUCCGCCCACCGCCGCACUCACGCCUGCGAUAGGCCUUACCACUGUGGCGUGUGCCAGCUCACGUUUUCCCAGAGUGGCGAACUGGCACGACACAUGAGGAGUCACCGGCGCCUUGCGUCUGGACAGGAAACUGAUCCCAACUCUGCCAGUGCAGAUGAGGACCGAAAACUUGCUGGACAUGGAGAUAAUGAUAUUUCCAGUGGUCAUGGAGCAAGUAUGGAGGCUGGGAAGCCUCUAGGAGGCACUAGCCUGAUCUUGAUGUCUUCACAGUCCAGGGUUGUGGAUCGCAAUCUGCUGCGCUGCUUCCAGCCUCAGAGAGAAGCGGAUGAGGAGGCUCAUGGUGAACCGCAGCAGCCAUCUCCCUAUGGCAGCCCCUCGGAGGGCUCUCUAGAGAGCGGAGAAACAGGUGGAAGCGGCGAGAGUGGGAUCGCCAGCGGCAACUGCACACCAAAGCGUCCAGAACGAGAAGACCGCACUCAAGGCGAAUGGGAGCGAGAGGUGGAGGCAGUGGAGAUGGUCCAGGACUGGCAGCGGGAGAACGAAAGGAGGCAGGUCACCAACGGAGGAGGCAAGAAGAAAAAGGAAGAAGCUUGCGAGUUCUGCGGAAAGUGCUUCCGCAACAGCAGCAACCUGACGGUUCACCGGCGCAGCCACACGGGUGAAAGACCAUACCGUUGCGGCCUCUGCAGCUACGCCUGCGCGCAAAGCAGCAAACUCACACGCCACAUGAAAACACAUGGCGCCCGUGGAACACGUGCUCCCUUUCAGUGCCAGCUAUGCUCUGUCCCGUUCACCGUCUAUGCCACACUGGAGAAACACCUCAAGAAGGUCCACGGACUCACUCACGCUAGUGCCGGCGCCUACAGCCAGGGCCCGCUUGCUGACUACAACAGCCUCAACAUCAAAAUGGAAGAUGACUCUGUCAGCGAUCAAUCAGGAGCUCCCAUCACAAUGCUCACAGAAACCAAUGUGGACCUUUCAGAGCAGCUCAAAGAGGAGGACGCUGAGAUGAGGGUCAGCACCGAUGAGCCACCUACCUCUGAGGAAACAGGCAGCACUGUGGCCUUAGGUCAAACCACAGUAUAAACAUAGCAUUUGACUUCUUUACGUGACACUCUGAUCAAGACCAAAACCACCAAGCUUGAUGAUCUUCUGCCCACAACCCAGUAUGUGCAUCUUAUCAAAAAACCGAAAAGACCUUUCUCAACUUCGCCGCAGUACUUGCAGACACUCUAGGGUGCAACGCUGAUACUGUCCAAGACUUUUCAUAUCAGUACAAGUGCCUACUGUUCAAUCCCGACAUGCAAUAUUGGAGGACUCCUGAACUCUUUGGCCCAACUGUUAUCGUCAAGGCACUUCGAACACAAAAUUACGACUAGUAGAGCACAGCCAGAGUAUAUGGAGAUGGUCAGCUUUUUUUUGAGCCCAAAAGACAAUCGCAGAGGUAGACUGAGCAGGUGAUCUGCCAAUGUGAUUUUUGAAUUCUACAAUGCAAUUAUGAAGUGGACACCUUGGGAUUACAGGUUCGUGGUUCGUAAAAAUCAAAAAUGGGAAUGGUCUGCAUCAGGGGUGUCCAGUCCUGCUACUGGAGGUCCAAUGUCCUCCACAGUGUAGCUUGAACUACAAUCAAACACACCUGAAACCAGUAAUCAAAGUCUUCAGGACCUUCGAGGCAGAUCAAGCUAAACUCUGCAAGAGAUUGAUCAUCCAGGAGCAGGACAGUACAGUACAGUCCUGCUGCUGGAGUGCCACUGUCCGGUAGACUUUAGCACCAACUUUAAUCAAUCAAACACACCUUAAACAGCUAAUCAAAGUCCUUGGGACCUUCAAGGCUGGUGUGCUAGAGUAGGCUGACCUGAACUCUGCAAGGGAUUAACCCUCCAGGAGUAGGAUAGGACACUCCUGCUGCUGAAGGGCCAAUGUCCUGCAGAGUUUAGAGCCAACGGUAAUAAAUCAAAUGCAUCUUAAAUGGCUAAUCAAAGUCCUCGGGACCUUCAAGGCAGGUGUGUUAGAGUAGGUUGACCUGAACUCUGCAAGAGAUUGACCCACCAGAAGCAGGAUAGUACACCCCUGGUCUAGUUAAGACUAUGACCUGCACAAAUGACAGUAGAGACAGAUUUGAGCUUGUGUUUUCCCAACUAUCUGACAGGGUUGCUUGCUUUUUUGAUACUGUAUAUUAAACAGGACUGAUUGGGUCUGUGGCAAUACAUUCACUGUCACUUAAUACUGUUAAAGAGCAUUUGUUUGCCAUUUAGUUUGUCGUCUAGAAUGUCAAUGUGUAAAUAUAUAUAUAUCUAUAUAUAUUUUAGUUUGUGCUGACAUUUUGUAACACAUUCCACGAAAACUGUAUCGGUUAAAACGUAUUUGUUUAUAUAGCCACUCUACUGCACAACAAAUUCAUUUUCUUUGUACUUUGUGAGCCUGUUCAGUCUGUUUACAGACUAUAUAUUGUUUUACUGCCGAGCACACAGAAAUGCUAUGAAAAGUUUUUUUUUUUUUUGUUUUGUUUUGUUUUGUUUUUUUGUCAGUGGUUCCUCCAGGUUGUGUUUUGUGGUUGUGCAAAUGAAAGCCUAAUUUUUGAUGAAAGACUGGGUUGGAAACGACAACAAUGGUGGACCCAUUGAGAAAGCACUUGUGUAUGUGUGAGAAAGAGUCGGAGAACAGAUAUAUGAUAAAUUUAUACAGGGAAUGUUUGCUUUGUUACAGUUUUUCUAUGAUUAUCAAUGUCAGGGAACUGUUAUGUUACGGUUUAUGUUUAUGUGGUAACAUGGUAGAAUAAAUAAUCAAAUGUAAUAAGCAAUUUUUUCGUAUUAACAAAUGUGAAAAUAGUCGGACAUCCAGUUGUGUCCGUUUCUUCAGGGAGCAGCAAAAAACAAAGCUCUUUUUGUCCUCUGUAUAUUGUUAUAAUUUCUGUUAACUGAAAUGUCAUGUCUUAUGUGAUUUCUCCCAGAAUUUCCUGUGUAGCCCACAACUUUGCUGUGUAUUUUGUAUUUUGAUGCCUAUUUGUACGAUAAUUAAAAGACAGAGGCAAAGUCA